CAAUUAGCAGUCACUAACACUUGAAGUAUAAGACAACAUGGAUUUCAACACCGCCGCCGAGAAAGCCAAGAACUUCAGCAAGACCCCAACGAACGAUGAGUUCUUGGAGUUCUACGGUCUCUUCAAGCAGGCCACAGUUGGUGACAUCAACGUCGCUGAGCCCGGUGCACUGGAUCUGAAGGCCAAGGCCAAGUGGAACGCAUGGAACAAGCACAAGGGCAUGUCUAAGGAUGCCGCCAAGGCUGCCUACAUUGCCACCUAUGAGAAGUACGCACCCAAAUACGCUUAGAUCUCUUCCACUGUAAACAUUUGACUAAAUAAAUGAAAUCCACAUAAUACGCAAGCACA